CGACCGGGUAGGUAGCCAAGGAGGAGAACGAUUAAGAAAGUGACGUUUGUUGCAGCCAUCAUCAAAAAGCUGAAAAAAUUGUUCCGAUUCAAUUGCAGUGUUCAAAAUGUCUCAGUUUUUAUUGCAAAAUUAGCCCAACAUUGAAUAUUCGGGUCCCUAGACGUUGAUUACAAGACAUGGAUAAGAACAAAUCACCGAUUCGUCGUGCAAAACGUCAAUCAAAAGUAGUAGAGGAGAAUUUUUGGGACUGCAGUGUGUGCACCUAUAGAAACACAGCCGAAGCGUUCAAGUGCUUAAUGUGCGACGUACGGAAAGGCACAUCAACCCGCAAACCUCGCCUUAACUCGGCGCUGGUAGCACAACAAGCGGCAACACAAGCCUUUCCCGGGGCCUCAGGAACUCCUGCGCAGAACUCCAAGUCACCAGGAAGCAAAACAUCACGGAAUAAAAACAAAAGAUCGAAAUAUCCUCCCCGACUGAAAAACAUCGACCGAUCUAGCGGACAAACACGAGAAGUCACUGUAAAUUCUGUAACGGUUGUUAUAACCGAAUACAAACCGAAGUCAUCAGUAAGUCGGCAUGAUUCAAGUGAAAGCUUUAGUGAGAGUAAUGAUUCUAGAAGUUAAACUAAUUUAAAAUACAUAGAAUAAUGUUUCCACAGAGAACUUAUUUAUUGUAAAAAUGUCAACAUUUUAACUAAACGCAUAAGACAGUGAAGAAAUGUAUCGAACCUUAAAACGAAUUAUGUGAAUAAUAGCUUCUAAUCUGCUCAAUGUUCUUUAAUGAUUAAUUUAUUUUGCACUGCGUUAUGAUGUUUGUGUUUUAUUUUUAGUUUUGAAAAUACAAACGGCACAGUUUCGUCCUUCAUUAUAACGAGUAUUUUAGGUAAAAUGCAGAAUCAACAUUGUAAAACAAUAUUUCAACAAUGAUAUUAUUUUACCAACUACGAGAAAUCACAACUAUUUGUAAGAGUAAGAAAAUUGUACUGAUUUAAUUGUAAAUUCCUUUAAAACGCGAUACAAUAAAUUCAAAAAUAUGCUUUAAGAUAAGUUCACUAGCUACACAUUUGUUGCAAUGGAUGAAAAUCAACUGGAUUAGGCAAAGUUAAAUUUAGUGUUGAAAGAUGACUUACAAAUUUCGAAUCACUGCAAACAAACUGAGAAAUGGAAUAGAUUUAUACUGCCACAUACUUCAGUAGCAAACUCAAAAAUUAAAACUGAUCUAAUAGAUUAAACCAAUCAUGCAACAACAUUCAAGUCACACGAACUUAAACAUCCGGAUGCAAUUAAAUCAAUGUUAUGAUCAAGCUGCUUGUGAACCUACCGUUAUGCAUUUGAUAAACAUAACAUUCUAAAUGUGCAGUUGACAAUUAAAGAGCAGGUUUAAAGCUAACAUGUUUUACAAGCAACAAACAUAGGUUUGUCCUGCAUUGUCAACCAUGAAGAUGUCCCGGAUAUUUAAAAUAAUGGUAAGAUUUGUCAAAAAAAGUCUAGCCAUAGAUUUAAAAUAAACUCUUAAUACGGAAUACAACUCUGAAAA